CUGUGUUUUGACCUGUGUCGACUGUGUAUGUGUGUGUGUAGUAAAACAGAUCCGUCAUCUCUGUGUGUGUUUGUGCUCAGACUCCUCUCUUCUUCUUCGGAGUCGUCUUACAGCUGCAGAGUUUUAUUUAAAGAUGACUCUCGCACACACACUGCGACGUCACUGCGCACGGGGUGACGUCACGCGGCGGAGGCGCGACAACAACAAGUGAGUUAGCUGCGAGCUAACGUCGGCCGUCUACCGUCCGUCCGUCCGUGUGUCAGUGUCAAACAGGUACGAACAACAACAGGCCGCCGCUCAGGUGAGCAGAGCUAACAGGCUAAGAGGCUAAUCCGAGGUGGAGGAGAAUCCGGAUUAAACCCGAGGAUUGGAGCUGAGAGCCCGGCCUGCAGGCUGCUGAACACGGUGAGCUUCAUCUGUUAUCACCUGCUGAGAGCGAACACCUGAAACACCACACAGCGUCUUCAUUAUCAUCUCCAUCACCAGCUGCUGCAGCUCUGACCCCUGUUAAGUCACUCUGAUAAGAACUGAUGAGCUCAUUUUAAACGUGAAAGCUGCAUGUUAAAGACAGCACGACACACACAGACACACAGUACAAGACAAAUUAUAGAUAGAUACAUAGAUAGAUAGAUAGAUCUACCUAUAUGAAUUACCGCUUUCAUUAGAAAAGGCACCUGCACUAAUGUCUCCAUUCAAGCUGCACAGUAUGUCUCAUUUAAUGCUGCUUUAGUAUUUGCAGUAUAGACAUUCUCAAUAAAUGAAGAAAGGAUUCAACAUUGAAAAUCAUUGCUUUCUCACUCACUUUGCACAUUUCCUUGGUCUCAUGGCCAUGCUUUUACACCACUGUGAUUGUGAUGCAGUCAGAUAAAGCUGCAGCCAUUUGUUGGCUCACCUCAAAUGAACUGGUGAGACUUUUUCACUGGAAAAGCAGCUUUCAGCGUGCUCAUUGGUGAAACAUGAUGAACAGCAGAUGGGUGACAAGAACUGUUAUUUUAGCUUACGGUGCUUUUUGACUGCAGGAACUCUCCUGAGGAAUUAUGGACCUUCUGAGGAACUGUGUGUCUUCCAACUGCAAGAACUAGGGUCUACAGCUAAAUCUCAGUCUCCUUUCUAAACCCUAAACCCUUGGUCUUUAAGGAUUUUAUUAACCUCACCUAAAAAUGAGUGAAUGCAUGAAGCUGCCAUGAUAUUAGAAUGGGGCAUUACUUUGCAACUUCCCUCAAAACAUAAACGAACAACAUCCUGACAUGUUUUACUUUCACCAAUAUCUUCUUUCCUUCUGAAACAUAAAGCAACGUAUGAAAAAUGAACAGUUUUCCCUUCUGCUUCCUGAAACGAGGCAGACGGUCUGAUACCAGUGGUUUUGAGUUAUAACAUACAGAGUUGUGCUGUGGAUAUUCUGCAGUUUAUCUGCUUAAACGUGGAUACAGUUAAAUAACUAAAGGAAAAAUACCCUUACUAUUGAAGACUGCAUCUAACAGGUGAAACGCUCAUACUGAGUGAGGAAACAGUGAUUUUUCUAAGUGAAAGAAUCCCUUGUGUAGAUAUUUGGGAUGUGUUUGUAGCAAAUGCUCAUAUUGCACUACUGAUACAUUUGAGAAUUACUGUGCAGCUCUGUCAGUUUCUUUUCAAUGUCUUUGUAGCAGUUGUCUUCAUGACUAGAAGUGUUUACAAUCUGUAUGUCAUUUCCUAACAGAGAUGGCCGAGAUGAUUGCAUUGUCAGCAUCCUCAAGUCAGCACAUCAGUGAGAUCAUGUGCAAUCAUCUAUGUGUGCAAAAUAAAUCACUAAAGUAAACAAAUGUAAAACAGUUUAAGAAGAGGUUAACAAAAUGUCACUCACUCUACAUCCCCAUGGUCUCUUCUGUGAAUCUUUGAUGCUGUGCAGGGAUGUUAGACUUAAACAAGAGGGCCAUUGAAGAUAAUCUCCGGUAAUUCUCUGACAAACGGAAUAUCUUGUCAUUCAACGCCCACAAAUAGUGGGAAAACUUAAUGUACGAUUUUUACAGAUUAUAACUAUGAUGGAAUGAAUUGGUCCUUUUCUUCAUCUCAGUUACAGCAAAUGAACUUUCAGUAACUGGGUUUGUUCCUUGUAGAAGCUGACAAAGAAAUAAUAAAAAUGAAUAUUUGAUCUUUUAAUUUAUGAAUUAAGAUCGCAUCAUCCUGUUUCCGUUAUUUAUUUCUCCAAAUAUUGAUCCUACUCUAUAAUUUGCCUCAUAUUUUCCUGACAUGUUCUGGAGGUUUCUCAAAGUUGACCAUUAUUCUUAUUUCAGGAAACUCAUCAAGUAAAUUUUCCUUUUUCAUUUAGAUUUUUUCUCAUUACCAGCAAUUUAAGUCUCCUUUUUGCCCUGUAACAUCUUUAAAAUAUCUAUCUGGACUUAUGUGAAUUUGGCUCAGAUUGAGGUCCAAUAAGGCACUUUAGAGUUUUUGCUGCACAGGUAUCCCGUCAGGAGCUGCGGUGUGAUUCUCCUUUCCAAAUAUAAGACCCUUUAAAUAAUAAAGCACAUAAAUGUCAUAGAUGUUUCAGGACGAGGCCUCCCCAGCGGCUCUGAGCGACCUCUGCCUGACCUUUGUGAGCCAGAAUCUGGACUGGUUCUGCAUCAAGCGUCCCGAUGGAUCGCUGUGCUUUAGGGAGGCGGUGCUCUUCCCUCAGGAGCUGGCGGACCAGCUGCUCGCCAAGAUGGCAUCUGAAGGUAAACAUGGAGACCAGCAGAACACAGCAUGACACAUCUUUAUCACCGUAGAAUCACUGUUCUGAAUGCCAACGGAGUAGACUGAGAAAUGCAUGAAGUGAUAUCUUUCUGUCACCCUAUAUCAGACGAUUUGCUGAUGUUUUAUGGGACUGAUGAACUAAAUCUGUCAGCAUAAAACCAUUUUACAGUAAAUAUAAAUUAUCCUGUUAUAGUCCUGAACUAAUUAUAAAAGUACACAUAGUUAGUUCAUGCAAAAAACAUCACAGUGGAAGCUUUGUCAGGUUUUUCUCUGUUAUAAAACUCUUUGAAUCCCUCAGUUGCACCAGCGUCUGUGUUUUUUUAGUCUGUGUACGUGUCUCCCCCUGCAGGUCUGCUGAAUGACAGCACAGUCGGCGUGUUUCGUACCUGCGAGUACCUGCGUUUGAGGCGAGCGUGCGUCCGAACGGCUCGUAUCUCUGCAGAGGCCUUCCAGAAAGCUCUGUGUCCUCACAGGCUGCUGGAGCUGGACGCCGCCAGAGUCAACGCAGACCUCACCAUCCCCGACAUCCUGCAGGGCCUGGCCACCAACAAGUACUGUGAGGUAAAGUCAGAGCGUGUUUGCCUGCUGAAACAUGCACCCACCUGUUAUUUAGCUAAAAAAUAUUCAUCAAAUAACUGUAAAGGCUGCAUCAACCCAGGCAAAAAUAUCAGCCAGCAACAGCUUUUUUUUUGCAGGUGCAUGCAUUUUCUGGAUUUUCUGCCCUGCUUUGGAUUUUAUUUUGCGCAACCAUCAGCGAACCUUACAUCACCCUUUAGUCACGUUGUUGCCGCCCUAUUUAAAUGUCUCCCGUCCGUCUUUCCGCAGGAGUCUCUGCAGCGGCUCGUCCUCACAGGUCUCACCAUGUCAUCUCUGGAGGAGCCAAUCAGAUACCGGUUCAGCUCCCUCCGAGGCCUCCGCUCGCUCUCUCUGGCUAACGUGGAUUUCUAUGACUCAGGACUUGAGGAUGUUUGUUCUCUGCCCCGUCUGGAGAGUUUGGAUCUGUCCAACACGUCGGUCACCAACCUCAGCCCCCUGCUGGGCCUGAAGGAGCGUCUGCGCUCGCUCACUCUGCACCAGCUGAAGAGGCUGGAGAUGAGCACGGCUCAGCUGCUGGGGGUCAUAGGUCAGCUGGAUGCGCUGCAGGUCAGGAUGAAGGAAUUUAGUCUGCUGAUUUUGACAAUGUGCUGUUUUGUAGCGUUUUUCCAUAUGCAUAUGCAGAGAGAUAGCUUCAUGUGUGUACAGUGCAAGACAAAUAUUCCCGCAAACACGUUAAAAACCUCUGUCUGUGUGUCUGCUGCUUACCUUAAUAUGUGUGUGUAUCUGCGCACAGCACCUGGACAUCAGUGAUGACAAACAGUUCACCUCUGACGUGGCUCGUCAGCUGCUCGGUCAGCCGGGGAUUCUGCCAAACCUUGUGUCUCUGGACGUGUCAGGGAGGAAACAGGUGUGUGUGUGUGUGUUUUAUGUGUGUGCUUGUCAUUUGUGUUUUUCAUAUUGAACAUACCUGAUAGAGACAUGUUAUCUUUCACAUGUUACAGGUAACGGAUGCAGCAGUCAGAGCGUUUGUGGAGGACAGACCGGGGAUGACCUUCGUUGGACUUUUGGCGACAGACGCCGGGUUCUCUGAUUUCUUGUCUGGAGAAGGAAAUCUGAAGGUGUGUCUAUGCUCUUAAGUGAAGACGAUACCUGUGGAGGAGCUCAGGUGAGCUGAACUAACAGAGUCAUGUGUGUGUGAGCAGGUAACAGGAGAAGCCAAUGAGACGCAGAUCUGUGAGGCUCUACGUCGCUACAGCGAGAGGGAGGGAUUCGUGAGAGAAGCUCUGUUUCACCUGUUCAGCCUGACGCACGUCAUGGAGACGCCGCGGCCCGACAUCCUAAAGGUCAUAACACGAUAAAAGCUUGAUGUUUCUGUUCAGAUAAGUUCUCUAUUAAAACGUUACACAACCUCGAUUCCACAAGAGUGAGGGUGUAAAAUGUUGAUAAAAACACAAUUUGAUUGUUUGCAACUUGUUUCUCAAAAGUAGUUAAAGCAUCAUGUUUCUUCAUCUGUGUCAUCAGCUGGUCUUUCACUGAUUAGUUUGUCAUUGUCUUGCUGAAAUAUGAAGGUCUUCCCUGAGAAAGUCAUUGUCUGGGUGGCAGCUUUUUUUUCUCCUAAACCUAAAUCAGGUCCAUCCAGUCUUGAUUCAGGACCUCCAGCUGAUUUUUAGCAUUACGCAACUUUGUACCUGUCUGGUUGUUCCUCUAACAACUUUUUACAAUCAAAUUUAACAUGAACAGAUCUUUUUCACAACACAUUAAACCUGUUCAGUUUCAUCUUCUGACUUCAUGUUCAUACCCUUUAUUUCGGCACACUUUCUCACUCUCUGCAGCUGGUGGUGUUGGGGAUGAAGAAUCAUCCCGCUACGCUGAACGUGCAGCUGGCGGCAAGUGCGUGUGUGUUCAACCUGACCAAACAGGACCUGGCUGCAGGGAUGCCCGUCAGGCUGCUGAGCUCCGUCACUCAGCUGCUGCUGGAGGCCAUGAGGACCUUCCCCAACCACCAGCAGGUACCUUCACUUCUCCAGUGAUUUCACAAAACGAGACUGGCGCAUUAGCUAAAGCAGAAUUUAGUUUUUUUUUUUUAGCUUUUUAUGCACACAAACACACAUGAAUGCAGCAUUAGACAUGUCCCUCCUCAGACCCCCCGCGAUCCUCUCUCCUCCAUCAGCAGUCAGAGCCUUUAAGCACUCCUGAGCGGCGGGUCUGUCAUUAUGUCCAGUUCAACAAGACCUCAGAGGACUGUGACGUACUUUGUUUCCUCAAAGAGCUGGAGUGCACCAGGCCCAGGUGCAGCUCCUCUAGCUGAUGAUCCUCAAACCAAGACCCCCCCCCAAUUACACACAACAACAAAGACAGGCAUUCAUCAGCCUGAUGGAGGAGUUGUUAACCGUUAAUAAAAUGUUUGAAUCAGCUGCAGAAAAUCUAAUGUUUCCUGCUCAGACGCAGCUCUGAAGUUGGAAAAAAUCCAAUCAGCCAUGAUCUUACAUCUGAGUUCACAUUUGGUGUUGUCUGUUCGCAGCUGCAGAAGAACUGUCUGCUGUCUCUGUGCAGCGAUCGCAUCCUGCAGGAGGUUCCCUUCAACAGGUGAGAAAAACGUAAUGAACUGUAGUAAGGUUAGGGUCUUUUUAAGAGCUUUUUAAUGGUUAAAGGUCUUUAUAGAAAUGAAUUGAAGUGUUCAUCAGAGUAAUAUAGGUGGGAAUCUGAAGUAAAAUGAGAUCACAUCACAAUCACAUUUUUCCCUCCCUGUUCUGUUUUUCAGGUUUGAAGCAGCCAAACUGGUGAUGCAGUGGCUUUGUAACCACGAGGACCAGAACAUGCAGAGGAUGGCGGUUGCGAUCAUCUCCAUACUGGCUGCUAAGGUAAAUCUCUGUCAUGUAUUCAUGUGACAUGUGCUGUUUUUCCUCUUUAACCUCUGUGACCUCUGUUUUUCAGCUGAGCACAGAGCAGACAGCUCAGCUGGGAGCAGAGCUGUUCAUCGUCAAGGUACAGUCUCAACUUACUCCCUCCUCUUUAACAUUUAUUAAUUUAUAACAAACAUUCGGAAUAAAAACAUCUUCCUCCUCUUGCAGCAACUCCUCCAAAUCGUGCGUCAGAAGGCGAAUCAGGGCGUGGUGGACGCCACGUUGAAGUUCACCCUGAGCGCUCUCUGGAAUCUGACUGAUGAGUCGCCGACAACCUGCAGACACUUUAUCGAGAACCAGGGCCUGGACCUGUUCAUCAAAGUCCUUGAGGUCUGUACACACACACACACAUAUUAAAGACAAGAAGAAAAACUUCUUUUUCCUGCACUAAAAGGAGUGAUCCUCAGAAAAAUCUGCACCAUUUUUUUCUUAUCUUGUAGAUGAUUAAACUGUGGAUGUUUUUAUCCAUCCAGUUGUGUGUCACUUUUCUUGUGACAAAAACAUUUUUACUCACCCACAUAUAAGUAAAUUUCCGAGUUAUGUUCCCAUCUGGAUAAAGUUUCUCAUCAGGGCUCACUCUGAAGAGUGACAUUAAAACAGCAAUAUUGAAGCUCAGUAAGGAGCUUCCUGGGAGGAUUUUCAGAGUAGAUACACAUCAAGAAGUUUAGUUUCACAGCUUCUGUUUUUCUUUUUGGAGGUCUGACUCAUUGUUUUCCUCCCACAGUCUUUCCCUAAUGAGUCCUCCAUCCAGCAGAAGGUUCUGGGCCUGCUGGUAAGUAUAUGGCUCUCUCUUCUCUUCUCCCUUUUUUAAUAAUCUGACUUCAGUCCCAGUGUAAGCCCUGACGUUUCCUCCCUGUGCAUGUGUGUGCAGAACAACAUCGCCGAGGUGGGGGAGCUGCAUGUGGAGCUGAUGGUGCAGAGCUUCCUGGAUCACAUCAGCACUCUGCUGCACAGUCCGGAGGUGGAGGUGAGCUACUUCGCUGCAGGGAUCCUGGCUCAUCUGACAUCCCGGGGGGAGGACGCCUGGACACUGAGCCCCGAGCUCAGAGCAUCUCUGCUGGAGCAGCUGGUAGGAACCAACACAUCACACAACACACACCACAGUCUGAAUACUGGAUUCUGAUUGGUCCAUGAGCGUGAGAACAACUAAGAGCUAGAUUAGUAAUCUGCUGUUACGUCUCUGCACUCUCUGGUUAGGGCUGCACAAUAUUAGAAAAAACAGGCACUGUCACGUGUUUUCUUUCUGCAAUAUACACUGUGAUAGGAGAAAAUACAGGUCAUCAAACCACAUGCGGUGGGUCGAAUUAAAAAUAAUCUCUUUCGUUUUUAGCAACAGUUUGAAUUUUCCCCGAACAAAAGAAAACGUAUCUCUUAUUUUUACCACAUUUGGUUCAACUCUUUGCCUGCAGAUCUGACACUUGACCUGCAUGAGAUGUAAUAACCUUUUCUAGUAUAUCAAUAAAUUUGGCAAAUAAAUAAGAAUCAAGAUGCCCGAAUAACUCAAAUUUUCUGUUAUCUUUAUGCUGUUGGUGUUUCGCACAUUUUCUGUGUUUGCAACACCAACUUCUAGAUGCAUGCAAGAAGCAGUUUUUUCUCUCCUAAAUUGUCAACAGUUAAUGUAAGGUCAGCUGUCAAACACAGUCUGUCACAGCUUCAAAAUGGAGUAAAAGUUUGACCUUGAUACAAGGUCAUUCAUCUAACAGGUCGAAUGUGAAUACAGGGAGAGAAAAGUAGAUUUGUUUUUACUGCGAAGCUUCAUGAAUGCAGCUGCUGGUAUAAAUGAAAAAAUGUCCAUUAUCAGGAAUAAUGAUGGAUACCUUCAAUGAUCUGAAGCUAUAUCCUACAUCCUUUCUGCUCAGAAACACUGACAGCUGUCUCUGUGAAACCUGUAAAUGAGUUUCUCACCCGUGUCUCUCCUCAGCACGCUGUCAUCACUAAGUGGCCUCCCCCUGAGUGUGAGAUGGUGGCGUACAGGUGAGAGACAAACUCUCUGCAGUUAUACACUCUUUGAUCAAAGCAUGCAGCAUGAUCAUGUGACCUACAGAUCAAACUCAUUUAUUUUUAAUGUGUGGCUCUGCAGGUCCUUUAACCCUUUCUUCCCCCUGCUCGAGUGUUUCCACACCCCUGGGGUGCAGCUGUGGGCUGCCUGGGCCAUGCAGCAUGUCUGCAGCAAGAAUGGUGAGACUCCAACACACAUAUACACACAGAACCACUCAUCAGUUGUGACUCUACAUUGUUCAUUCCUCAUGCUCCUCCUCCCGUGCGUGUUUCCGCAGCGGCUCGGUACUGCAGCAUGUUGCUGGAGGAGGGCGGCCUGCAGCAGCUGGAGCUGGUUCACACUCACCCUCAGACGCACAGAGACGUCCGGCUGCUGGCCGAGAGCAUCCUUGAGAGUCUGCAGCGCCACCAAGCACGCACUGGCCAGCUUGCACACACACAGUGCAGCCGCCGCCCACCACCGCCACCACCACCGCCGACACAGUGACAUCACAGCGAGGUGGUCUGCUACUUCAGACUCAUCUCAGCUGCAGGUCUUUAGUUCUGUUUUCUGUUGGAGGACAAACACACAACACUCUAUGUGUCUGUUACACACUUCAGCUAGAAUCCCCUAAAGGGAAAAGACUGUGUGAUUCCUCCUGCACAAACACACACACACACACACACAUGAACUCACACACACAUACGUACACUAUUUAUAUUUCUGUGUUUGUUUCAAAACAAAAAUAUUUGUGUGUGUUUGGAGAGACUGAAAUCACCAGGGAAUUUUUGAGUCAGUAGACAUGACCUCAAUGUGAGGUGUGUGAUGUCAUCACAAUGACCUUCGACCCCCUGCAGCUCCUGUGUCACUGGGUGCUCUGGUGGUCUGAACUGGAGUAUCAGCCGAUAGAUAAAUGCAUGUGGCUGCUGAGCGCAAAGCAUGCUGCAGUCUGGAUGUUCAGGAAUGUCUGCUUGUGUUUUCAGCCGUGCUGUGUUCACUGACCCCUCCUUUAAAUCAGCUGGUGUUUGGACAGGACUCUUAAUGCUGGAGACGCUGAAGAUGCAACAUAAAGAUGAGCAAAGUGCUGAACGUAUGAGAAGAAUCAGAGAAACACGCCAAGGCCCAGUCAGGACUCAGAGUUAAAAAUCGUCACAAAGAGGAUUUUUACAAUAACUGAACAGACAGUGACAAUGAUAACAUCAUAUCUGACUGAAUGUCGUCUGUGGACAGAGAUGGUAAUAAUGCUGAGGUCAGUACAGUCAUAGAGAAUGGAUGUAAAAGUACAGAUUCUCAGUUAAAGUGUUUAUGCGCAACCUAAAUUCUGUAAGAGUCGUGACGCUGUGUAAAAGCAGAAUUUAAUGGUUUGCAAAGUCCUGAAGAGUCCUGCUGCUAAACUGGCCUGCCUGCAGUCCUGACUUGUCCCCUAUUAAAAAACAUUUCGAGCAUCAUAACACAAAAUGGGACAAAGGAGACCCUGAACUGUUGAGCAGCUGAAAUCCUCUAUCAGGCAUUAAUGGGACAACCUUUCAGUUUCCAAACUCCGGGAACAGGACAAUAAAACUCUCCAGUUUCAACAUCUGGUAUGUUUUUUUGGCACUAUUUUCAUAUUUAUAUGGACUUUUGAUGAUUCACAGACUAUCAAAUUCUGCUCUCACAGCAUGCCAGUCUUACAGACCUGGGGUUGUAUGAUGGCCGAGCGUGUGUUUGUGUAUAUGAGGAGGUAGCUGCAUGUUACAGAGUGCGUGUGAUCUGUAUAUAACAGAGAGAGAAAGAAAACAUGUUUGCUGAGGCUGCACGUAAAUGAUGUUACUGUUUGUUUUGUUUUCUGAAAAAGAACGAGGGAAGAGGAAAAGAGACAAGCAUUCACUGAGGGGAGGGAAGAUCCUGUAUUGCUGAUGUUAUGCUUUGUGUCUGUUAAUACUCUGCAGCAGGAAGAACAGGUGUACAUGCAUGUUAAACGGAGAACAGAAAAAGAGCAACGAUCAGACCUCAGCUUAUGUCAGUGUUUCUGUAAAUCAGCUAAUGUUCUGAACAUUAGACUGAUCUCAUCACAGGUAACUCAGCUGUUCUUAAGUAUUAUGAUCAGAUUGAAGCAGACAGGUUUGAGCAAAAUCUUUAAAUAUGCUGUUAAAAAAACUAAUUUAAAAUUAUGUUUUUUGGUCUGAACCAUAGACUGUAUGUACUAUGGACAAUUUGGUUCCGCCUUCUGCCUGUAUAUGGAUUUAAAGCCAAAACGCCCAUAGGCUGUAUCAGGUGUCAAUCAUAGAAAACAUGAACCCCCUAAUAACUUUUAAAAAUGGAGCUUCACAGAAAAAAGAGGACUUGAGCACAAACCAGUCUUACAAUAACUACAUGUCAACAUCACAAGCAGGGGGAAAAAAAAUUAUGUUCUGUGUAAUCAAUUUCUAAAGUUUGUCCACAGCUCCAUAAGCUUUGCUGGCGGAGGUGGAAUUUAUGACAUAUACUGCAGCCCGUCACCAGAGGGUGCUGUUCUCUGAGUGGCUUCACCCAGAGAGGAGGCAGACUGUCCAUUCUUUAUACGGUCUAUGGUUUCAACAAAUACAAAAAUGGCCAAACAUGAAGUAUUUAAUCAAAAGCAGAGAUAAAUCUGUACAUGUUCAUGGAUUUUGGUGUCCCCUGUGGACAGAGUGUGUAGUCCUGUAGAGCCCAGGUAAUGUAGAAAGGGUUAUAUAAAAAGAUCAAAAGAUGUUACGCAGACGUAGAUCUGCCCAUACAUGUGUAUCAUCAUACGAAACCACAUUGGCUAGCUAAACCAGUGCACCUAAAGAGAUGGCUAUGAAACAAGACAAGUCCCAGUCUGCUCAGAUGUAGCAAAAAUUAUAAUCACAAUUACUUUUAUCAAUAUUGAGUGUCUAUUUAAUAUUUAGAAGAUCUUUUGUACCCACAGCCAUCAGACUGUUACAAUUCUUCUGUAAAUAGUAGAUGACAUGAGACUACAGACAACUGAAUUUCCCUGUGGGGUAAAUCAAGUUUUUAUCUUAUGAAACAUAUUAACUUGUGUUUCAUAUCUUUAAAUACAAAGAUGUAUACCAGCUUUAUAAUAAUAGAUGGUGUUCUUUGCAACACACUUGCAUUAAAAUAUAAAUAUUAAAGGUGGAUACGUGGAUAGUUUAUCAAUUCUGAACAUCAGAGAGGUAUAGUGGUGCUCAGAUCAAACCGAGAGGACUGUGAUUGGUUUUGAUAGGCUUCGAUUUUCCGGCUGAAAUUGAAAGAGCCUUAUCCUCCCGUCUGACGAUACAAGGUUUCGCAGAGAAAAACCAAGGGUCAAAGUAGUCAGGCAGAUUUGAUCCAAUCAGAUCACUUUCAUCUGGUUGACUUUUGAACCAUGACAGAUAUGGUAAAGGAAGAACAGAAAGAAGUUUGACCCUGCAUGACAGAAAUGAAACAGAGAGUCCCAAAUCUGGUCAUUCUGAUUCAGUUUAAACCUUUUGAACAGCUGAUCUCCAAACUCAGAUUGUUUGUGUUUUUAACACGCCUGAUCAUGUCCAAACCUCCCCUGAUGAUGAUGAAGAAGAUGGAGGACAGGUACUUCAGGAGUGUGUGUGUCACACUGCUGAGCGUCUGGUUAACGUUCUGAAAUAAAGAAUGUAAACUCAGAGAGGGUGUGUGAGUGUUUUAUUACAAACAGCAGCUUCCCAUGAAAUUAAGUAACGUCAUCAAUAAGUUCAUUUCUAAAAAUCAGAGAGUUGUUUGACCAGUAAAAGAUCAUCCUCAAAGUGGAUGUGUGUUUAUGUGUGUAUGUUUAGUGUCACUUUCCAGUGUAUCGAGGGGGUCUCUUCUCUAUGAAAGCUGCCAUCCCUUCCUGUCUGUCCUGUGUCGGGAUCACCUACAGAAAGAAAUGAUCUGACUCCACACAGCUUCAGCUUUCAUUUAAAUCACCACCUGUUCACUACAUGAUCCCUUCUUGUUUUGGGAAUCAGGUUAAAAGAAACAACAUCUCACAGAAAAUAAAAGGCUCACCUGCGCGUAGCACAUCCUCUCUAUAGCCAUAGCUGAACUUAUGUUCACCUGCAGGAAACACACCUCAGUCACAUGGCUUAUAAUCCAGAAAUAAAAACAGUCUGUAAGAGUGGAUGUACCUCUACUCCUCUGUUCAUUGCCUCUUUGGCCUGACGCACUGCCAGCGGGGCCUGAAGAUACACACAAAAGGUUUCAGGAGAAAACAGGUGAUCAGUGUGGUGUUACACUGGAAAAAAACUCAAAUCUCAGCAAGUUUGUUUCUUUAAUAUCAAAAAGUUCAAGAGAAGUUAGGGUUAGGUUAGGGAAGUUGUGGUUUGUCAUUGUCUUGCUGCAGUUUGAAGGUCUUCCCUUAAAAAGUCAUUGUCUGGAUGGCAGCGGCACAUGUUGCUCCUAAACCUGUAGAUAUUGUUUGGCACUAUUGUAGCCUAGACAGGAGGAUGUAGAGUCCAUUGUUCACAGAAAGACUGUCAGAUUUUGUACUGUAGAUGACGUUUUUCAGCUGUUCUUUUUUUUUAGCAUGACAACUUUUUACCUGUUUGGUUGUCCCUCUUUUAAUUUUUAGAAACAUGUUGCUGACAUCAAAUUUAUAAUGAAGAAAGGGCAUUUUUUUUUCAGUCUCAACAUUACACAUGCCUCUUUUCACAAUUUUGAAUUAAUUAUAGCCUUUAAAAUGUUUGCAAACCAUUAGAUUCUGCUUUUUAUCAACAUUUUACCCUGUACAGUUUUGCAGAACUAUUAGCUGUGACCUCCAAACUGUAUUUUGUUUCUGGCUGUGAACUCAGUCAAAUGAAGCAACUUCUGUAUUUCCCCUGUAACCACAACAAGCUCAUUCUCUCUAUAUAGUACUUUAAUGCAAACUACAGUCAGUAAAUUCACAUCAACUCUUGUGUGUGUGUGUGUGUUUACUCUCCACUUGACUGGAUCUUCAGCUCUGAACUGCAGCAUCUGAACUGAAGCGAAAGAAGCAAGGAAUGACAGAGGCCUGAAGAGGAGAACACAGAGCGAAGAGUGGAAGAGGAGGAAUGGGUGUGUGUGUGUUUAUGGUGUGUAUGUGCAUGUGUGUGUGCACCCUGACCUGCGGGAGGAUCUCUCUGGCCAGGCUCAGAGCUUCUCUGUAGGCAGCGUCUCCUGUCUGAUUCUGAUCCACUGAUCUGUUUACAAGACCCAUCUGUAGGGCUGAGAGCCCCCCUACACACCUCCCUGAUUACAGAGGGAGAACGAGGAGAGAGGGGGAAGAGUGAGGGAGCCUCCUGAGUCUGCAGCAUCUCUGUCACUUAUCUGGAAAUAUCUUCGAGGAUCCUGUUAUGUGUCUUUGUUUCUGAUAAGUCCUCCUAUAGUUUUGUAAUAUUUCUGUCAAACCUCUUUAUUGUUACAGCCUUGUUUCAGUCAUGAUUCAGUGAGUAAAAAGGCCAGAGGAAGUCAUGUGUUCUCAGUGGCCAGGUGCUCUAAAGAGCAUUAAUCAUGAAAAAGGACAAAUACUGCAAAUCAAUAUCUAUAUAGAUUCAUAUCUUUAUAAAUGGAUAACUAUAACAUUUCUGAAAUGUUUUGAACAGGUUCAAUACAUUUUUUCAAUAUUUCUAAAAUAUUUCUUUGAAUGUUUCUUGAGUAUUUUUAAGUUGUAUUUUUUAAUGUUACUAUAGUGAAAUGAAAUGUUUCUGUUUCUGUUUUAAAUGUCAGUUUCUCACCUGUAAAGAUGAGCUCUUUGGCCAGAGUGAUCCCGAUCGUCCUCGGCAGACGCUGACUGCCCCCUGCAGGACAAAGCAGGUGAAGGUCAACCUAUCACAGUAGUUCUGACCCCCUCCUCCUCAUGUUAUACUCUGCAGGUGUGUGCGUGUGUGUGUGUGUGUGUGUGUGUGUGUGUGUGUGUGUGUGUGUGUGUGUGUGUGUGUGUGUGUACGCUUGCAUGCGUACAUGUGUUUGUGUGCUCAUGUAUGUGCAUAUUACCAGCCCCUGGGAGCAGACCCCGUGUCGUCUCAAUCAGUCCCAUCUGAGCUGAGGAUGCUAAGACAGAAACACAGAGGACAAUGAAGGUUAGGGAUACACACACAAACACACAAGCACACACACUAACCCAUCAUAGCUCAGCCAAUAACAGAGCGGUGUAACCAACCAGAGAAGGACCCAGCUCCGUGAACAACUGGACAGAUGUGUGUUUGUUUAUCAGCAGGAAGUUGUUAAUGACACACACACACUCAGCAACAACAAAUGUCUUGGUCUCUGUCAGCUUUUACUAAAGCUAUCCUCAGGUUUAAAGACUCUCUGGUCGCUACACGUUACUCUCCUUGAACAGUUCAAGAUGGUAACACUUUUCAACAGUCCUCAGACUGAUUCUUAUGUUAAGGAUGUUUCUCUGCUUCAUGUCAGGCAGUCUCCUCUCCACCAGACUGUUGCUUUGGAGAACAGACCGAUCAGAUCAGAGUAGACCGAUCAGAUCAGUUCAAUGUAUUCAGUGGCAGUAAGAAGAUUUGAAGCUCACUGAAGCUCACCUGCAGUGCGGAGGUCGCAGGCUAAGGCGAGCUCCAACCCCCCUCCCACAGCAACACCGUCCACCGCUGCGAUGGUCGGCAUGGGCAACAAGGCUGCAGGAGGAGAGGAAGGAGAAAUCAAGACUGUUGAGUUCUGCACAGUCAAGUUUGUAUCAAAUCAAAUCAAAGACAUUCAUUUAUCUUUUUGGAGCUUCAUUUCUGUAAAAGGAUCAGUACUUUUAUAUUUAUUCAUAAAUUAAUGAGUAAUAAAGCCAAUAAAUAACAUCAUGACCUCUGACCUAUCUGUGUCAUAAGGGAUCUGAGGCCGUGAACAAACAGAUCAGACUCUGUGUGAUCCAUCAGAGCACGCUCCUUCAGGUCUGCUCCUGUUAGAGAAACACACACAAACGCACACCUGGCUCUGUGUUUACCUGUGGUACAUCAUCUCACACACACAAAUACACAGACACACACAAAGUGAAGUCUCACCUGCGCAGAAAACACCUGGAACCAGACUCCUGAAGACGACCACACGAGCUGCUGAGUCAGAGGACAGAGAGGACACCAGCUCCCUCAUCUGUACACACACACACACACACACCGUCAGAGAGAGCUUGUGUGUGUGUUUGGUGUUGUGUGUGUGUGCAUGUGUGUUUCUGCAUGUGCUCACCUGUGACACAAACAUGUGUCCCAGAGCGUUUCUGGCUUUCUGUCGACACAUGAGGACCUCCACAAUCCCUGACAGACACAAACUGUUUAGACAGAAUUUACUGGUUCUGAUGGAUUCAAGAGGGUUAAUCAUUGUAUGAUGAACGAUUACUCUGUACAGUCAUUCUUAGGGUUGCAAAAUUCUGGAAAUUUUCAAAGCUGGAAACUUUCCUUGGGAAUUAAUGGGAAUAUAUGGGAAUUAACGGGAAUAUGUGGGAAUUAACGGGAAUAUGUGAGAAUUAACGGGAAUAUAUGGGAAUUAACAGGAAUAAAUCUGAAAUUUACAAAAUUGAAGGUUGGCUCUCAACAGGGAACUUAAAUAUAGUUGGGGGAAAUAUAUUGUAGCAUAAUCUUUGCUAAAACAACCAGAUUUAAUGCAAGUACACUCCUCAAUCACAUGCACAGAUGAUUUCUUGAACCCUGGAGGCCACACUUUUGAGCCCAAAGCACAAGACAUUUGAGCCCACCGACUAUAUAAAGUCAAGUAAGUUUUGAUAAUAUUAUGGGGUAAAUAUAUUUGAUCUAUAAUAGUAUUAAUAUUUAACUUGCAAAAAUCAAAUAAAAAUAGGGGCUAAAUGUAAGAUAUUUUUUAUUUCAUUGACCAUAUAAGGGGCUAACUUAUUAUGGUGGUGGUAGCUACCUCAAAUGUGAUGCUGUUACUUCUGACUCCUGCAAGACAGUUUUCUGUAACCAUACAAUAAUUUAUACAUCAACUGUCAAAUAUUUUGAAGACCAUUCCAGUUGUUUAGCCAACUAUAUUUCUGUUCAUGCCAUUGUUCAUUGCCAUUACUUGUAUUAUUUUGCAUGGAUGUCUGCUUAUGACAAAACAAAAAUAUUUACAUUUAUGUUCAGAGAUGAUACAGUUAGUUUUAAUUACCCCCAAUUUCCAGUUAAUUCCCAUUAAUUCCCAAUAAUUCCCAUGUAAAGUAUCCAAUUUGGAAUAUUUCAAAAAUUCUCAAGUUUAACUUCCCAUGGAAAGUUUCUGGAAAUUUUCCGCCCCUUUGUAACCCUGGUCAUUCUGUACACUUUCAUUCUGCUUGUUGACACUGUGGCAAAUAUGCUGAGGUUUCAAGCUCUGACUUGUCCUCUUACUUCCUGUGAAGACAUUACACUCUCUCCAGACUUCAACACUCCCAUGCAACUCAACACAGGUUAAAUAUUACAUUAAUGAAGCAUCCAAAAGUUAUCCAUUUCUACCAGCUAUGGGAGUUUCAUCUGUUUUUUCUACAAAAGUGACCCUAAAGUAAGUUCAAACAAUCAAAUACAACAAGCUGCAGAGCUUAAGUGUGUUUCCCUGCACACCUGAACUGUGUUUCUGUACAUUAAGUUUGUCUUCACAGCUUCACUCUGUGUCUACAGCCUAACUCAGACUGUCUCCACGGUAACCUCUGCGUGUUCUUACCGUCGUCCUCUCCCUCUAAACGUCUCAGAUCCACCUCCAGCGGAUCCACAGCCUCCGUAUGCUGCCCGCGGCUCUGUGCGGGACUGAACGCCGUCAGAGAUCCCGCACAGAGCCCCGCUCCGCACCGGGGGGUCGGGGCGGAAGUUUGUUCGCGUGUUUCGCGCAAAAUGAGACGCAGACACGUCUUGGAUGAGUUGCCGAUCCUCGGCAGUCUGCGGAGGAGCGCUGACAUACUGACAGUCUGUUUCUUUACGCUCUGUCUGUGCAGACCAUGGUGCAGACACAGGAAGUUGGUAGGCCACACGUGUUUCAUCCAAUCAGAGAUGACGCUCAGACUUGGACUGUAAACUUGACUGGUUCACAUGUAGACAGACAGUCUGGAGUUUAUUCAGGAAAACGCAGUUUUUGUGAGAGUAUUUCUGACAUAUGUUAUAUUCAACACCAAACACAGUCUCCUUUAAUUGGGCGUGUAAUGUCUAUAGCUUUGUGAAUGAACAGUUAGGGGAGAGUGGGGUAAGUUGAGCUAAAGGGUAAUUGAGCCACCCCCUGUUGCUUGGAAAUGGUAAAAGAAAUUGAUCAUGUGACCAAAUAUUUAGGAGAUGGGCAUCAAUUCAUGUAGUCUGUGAACGUUAGAAGCACAUGGGUGAAGGGGUUAGACAUUUAUUUACAAGAAACAUUUUUCACUCUUGAAAGUGAACUUAGUCUGUCAUAAGUUUGAUUAGAAUUGUGCUUAGACCAAAAAAGAUCAUUUUAAAUUUGUUUUAUACAUCAAUUGUGGUAUCUAUGAGCUAAAACAUGAGGUCAAAAACCUAUAAAAGUCCACCAUUUUAGCUUAGAGGACUAAUAAAGUCAUAAUAGUCGUUCUGGGGUAAGAUGAGCCUGAACUAAGAAAGUAAAUAAGUCUGAUGAGAGGAUCAGAGUUUCAGUUCAGAUUGCUGAACUGUGUUACUUUGUCUUAUCAGAACUACAGCUGUGAAUGCUCUAAAUCACUUAAAGACAUUCUCAUGUUAAAAUGGCUUUUUACAAAACAGCUUUUUAGCAGUUAUAUGUAAUAAUAAUAAAAAGAACUAUUGUACCAGUUGAAUAGCGUAUAAUAAAUAAAAAUACACAAGAAUGUGAAGAAGUGACUGUUAUUUAGGGAGAGAGAAGGGGAGGGAGGGCUGGGGUGGAGAGUGGGGAGGUAGUCGGGAUAUGGCUCAACUUACCCCGCUCCUAUGGUCAACUCACCGCAUACACGGGGUAAGUUGACCAUAGGAGAGCACUUUAUUUUUGCAUGCUAUAUUAUCAAGACAGUUAUGUUUAAACUCAUUCUGUUGGUUUGCAGGGAUGAACAACAUCUUGAAAUAUAUGCAGAUUCACUAGUUAGAGACAAAACUAUGAUUGACUUGAUGUAGUGAUCCCAAAUAUGAAAAAUGGCUCAUCUUCCCCCACUCUCCCCUGUAUGAGCAGCAUUUAAAGAACAUAAAAUCAUAUCAGUAAAUGUAGAACAAGCUCAAGAUUUCAAGAAAAUUAGUGAUAGUAUUUGACAAGAGAAUUAAGUAGUUUGUGCUGUAUUAAAUUAUUAUUAGGCCUCUAGCCUACCCCUUACUCCUCCUCCCAUGUUCAUUUAAAUGUUUCAAUAGAAAUUAGCGUAUUUAGCUGAACAAUAUAUACAAGUUUAGCAGCAACAUAUGCUACCAUCCAGACAAUGACUGUUUCAGGGAAGACCUUCGUAUUUCUGCAAAACAAUGUCAAACAGCAUUUUGCAGGGAUUACAACAGCAUGGCUCUGUAUUAGAAGAGUCCUGCUGAUAAUCUUGCCUGCAUGCAGUCCUGACUUGUCACCCAUUUAAAAGAUUUGGAGCAUCAUGAUACAAAAAAACAGGACAAAGGAGACCCUGAACUGUUGAGCAGUUCAAGAAUGGGACAACAUUUGACUUUCCAAACUCCAGAAACUGGUCCCUUGGGUUCACUUAUGUUUAAAGAGUGUAACCCUGGAACUACUUUUUUCCCAUCAAAGAAUAAAACAUUUCAGUUUGACCAGAAAUAACUAAAUUAACAUAUAUUGCCUCCUAUAUUGCAUGUUGCAGUCUCUCACUAUGUCAUGACAUUCUUUGUAUUAAGUUUCAACAAACAUUUUGCUACAUACAGCUACAUUUUAACUGGAGGGAAUAUAGCUCUGAAUAUCCAAACACUGUUAAGACUAUCUUGGGCAGUGUUUGGUUUAAACACUGAAACCAUACACUUCUGUUUUCUUUCUCUCUCUCUGUCUUUCUUUUACUAUGACCCAAAUCCAUUGUAAUGUUGACACUCUGUGUAAUCUUGAUACUAAAAUGCUGAAGACUACUUCUUAUUUCUUAGUCUUAUUCCUGUCAAAGGGGAGUUUUUUAUUUCCUAGUACUGCUCACUGUUUGACUCAGAAACAUUCAGAUAUUGUGAAAGCUAAAUUUCUUCAUCUGUGUGUCUCCCACAGACUGCUCAGCAGUAAGAAACUGCAGCACUUUGUUUCAACAAUGAAACCAGUGCAGGGGUGUCUGUAUCACCUCCACUAUCCAGCAGAGGGUGUCAGUUUGAGUGGAAGUCUAUGAGUAUAUGGUAAGACUUUUUAGCUGAUUUAAUACUGCCUUAAACCUUUUCUCAACAGGUUUAUUUUCUAAAUCUUCUGUUAACAAUCUUCUAGAACACUGCAUGAUGUUCAUUUUUUACAUUAUGCACCUAUUUAAAGCCAAAGAGACCAAAAAAAUAUAGGGAAGGAUUAUCCUUACAGGGAUAAAAUGCAAACAAAGUGUCCUUUGGUUCCUCUUUUAGUGGAUAAAAUGUAAACAAAGUGCUUUUUCAGGCUCUUUUAGCAAAUAAUGUAUAAACAAAAUGUCCUUUGGUUCCUCUUUUAGUGGAUAAAAUAUAAAUUAAGUGCUUUCAGGUUGAUGUUUUAAAUUGGAGAAAAAUGAAAAAAAGUGUCCUUUGGUUGUACUUUCAGUACUAAUAUAUAACUUGGGUGCCCUCUAGUUACUCAUUUAGCAAUCAAAUAUUAACAAAGAGUCCUCUGGUUGCAUUUUCAAUUUAUAAAUGAACAAAGUGCCUUUAAAUGCUCUCUUUUAGCAUAUUAAGUGCAAAAGUUCCCUAAAUGACUCUUUUAACAUAAAAUAAUGUGUCCCCUACUUGGCAAAUGAAAUGUGAACAAACAACAUGCCUUAUGGUUGCUUUUUUAGCAAUUAAUUGUGAACAAAGAACUUUUUUCCACCCAAAAACUCUAAAAAGUGCCUUUUAAAAUGUUAAAACAAAAUGCCCUGUAAACAAAGGAUCCCUUGUUGCUCUUUUAUUAAAAAAAAAAAAAAAAAAAAAGGAAAGCAAAAUGCCCUCUACCUGCUCUUUAAGUGGUAAUAAAAAGUAAACUAAGUGCCUACUGGUUACUCUUUAAAUUGGAUUAAGUGUAAACAAAGUGCCUCUCAGCUGCUUUAUUUAGUGGAUAGAAUGUAUAGAAGCUGGGUUUUGUUAACUUUUAAGCACAUUAAAUGUAAACUAAGUGUUUCAGGUUGCUCUGUUUGCAAACUGAAUGUAAAUAAAGUACUUUUUUGCUCUUUGAUACAUAAAAUGUAGCUCAAGAGCCCUCUGGUUACUGAUUUAGGGAAAAAAAAGAUGUAAAAUACCAAACGGCCUCAAGUACUGUUUUAGAAGAUAAAAACAUCCUGAGUGACUCCCCUUCUCAUGCACAGUCUAUGGUCAGCAGGUUGAGGCCGAGUUUUCCAUCUCUGGACUCAUGUCUAGCCUGACUCUGCAUUAUUGAUCAGCUCAUUACAGGUUACACAAUCACACAGUCAGACUGGGACAGUGACAGACAUACAGUGUCAGCCAGUGUGUCUGAUGCCAAAAUUGAACAUUUAUGAAACAUUACUGAGUAAUUUUAGCUAUCUGGUUUAUAUCCGUCAGAUAAGUUUAAUCAUUACUCAGUGGUAUCUCAUUUCUGACUCAUCCCUGUGAACAUCAGUGCAGCUGCGGCUUUGCAGUGACUCACAUACUGAGAUGCAGACUGAUAAGUGCCGAGAGUGGUCACGACAAAAUUCAGGUAGAUCUGAUCUCAGACAGGUGAGAUAAAACAUACAGAAAGAAAGGAGACACACACUGAGAGGUAAACCGAGAGACAUUUAAAUUCAAAUGUUCAGACCAACAGGUAAACAGAGAUGUGUCGGUCCUGCGUCACUCCCAGGAUCUCUGAGGUUCUAGUUUAAGGAGAUGGGAUGGGGCCUGAUGUCCUACUAUUCUCAGGUGUAACAGGUCUGAGAUGGACAACACACGCACUCACAAACAAAGACACACACACACACACUUAUACACAUGACAUCUGAUGUCUGACAGAGACGGAGACUGAUCCUGACGGACUGUGACAGACAGCCAGACUGUUCCUGUCACACACACAUACACACCUACAGAGGUCAUGGUUACAUUUAAUCUCCUUGAUAAGGACAAAAGAAGGAAAGGGAAAGGAGAUUUGUUUUCAUCUACAGGCUAGAAGAAUAUGAUUGAAGCUGUAAACAUAAAAAAUGAUUUGUAAAUAGAUGAUUAAUAUUGCAUAGCAAACCACAAAGCUGUCCCUCAUAUGAGGCUGCAGGGGACACCAAUUUAUAGGGUGCACUGGAGGUGUGUCAGGUGUUGU